CGAGGGGCAUUGCCCAUUCUGGGUCUCUGCAGGGGAAGGAGGGACCUUGGCAUCCUUUUGUAUGGUCCACUCACUGACAGAUACAUUACAGAUAAACUCAUGGCCCUGAACUGGGUGAUACUGGACGCAAUCCGCAAUCCUGUUCCUAUACAGGACGAGACGAUUAUAACAACUGUAGACGUCGAAUGCACACUUCUCAUCCCUGAUGGGGCUCCACCGUCCACUUCUUCGGCUUCUAUGGCGGCUGGUGAUCACCCAAAGAUGAAAGAGAGUGGGAAAAUGCACUUGACAGAUAAACGACUAAUAUUUACAAGUCAUUCCGGCAGGAGUGCUAAACUCCCGUUCGAAUCGUUGACUAUACCCCUGGAGUCAAUCCUAUCGUCUAAGUUCGAGCAGCCUUUCUUCGGCUCUAACUAUCUCGUGCUCGGCGUCAGGCCGUCUGUCGGUGGCGGGCUUACCCAUGGUACGAUGCUCGAGAUACGGUCUCUCGAUACUGGUCUCUUUGCAUUCGUCAGCAUCCUUGAGAAGACGAGGGAGAAGGCCAUUUAUAUGAAGAGACGGUCGUUAGAUGAUGAAGAGAACCUGCCUGCGUAUUCAUCUAGUACGGUGGCCGGUUCAUCCCACUAUGAUGACCUGCCCCCAGGUUAUGACUCGUGAAGGUGUAGCAGUAGGUAGUCUAAGGAACUUGUACGGAACAUUUCGUUGUGUAAAUCCUUAAAAUUGUGCCAGUAACGAAUGACCAGCGCCAUGGACUCAUCAGCGUCAAACUGCUUCGAGUCCUUG